GGCCCCUCUUCUACCUCAUCCUGCAGAAGAGGGAGUCGGGUCCCUGCCCUGCCAGUUGGGUUGUAGUUGUUCAAAGAGAAGUGGCAGUCAAAGCCUUAUCCUCCAAAGCAGAGAAGUGCUCCACCCUUUAUACACUCAGUCCCCCCACCCCCCAUGAGGCUCAGGAAGAGGAGCCACGGGAGGCCACGGUAAACAACCCGGGGAGGAGGCCUGGCUCCAGGCCCGGUGAGUCACUCCUCCACCCCGCCAGCUUCCUUGUUUCCCAAGGCCCAGGAAGACCCGGGGCCCAGGCCUGCCCCCUGGUGGCCAUGCUGGCUCUCUCAGUCGGACCGCCUGCUGUCUGCUGUGGGACACCAAUGGGAGUGCGGGCCAGGCAGGGCCUGUCCCCAGUACACUCAUUAAACCACUGCUGGCCAAGGCAGCCUGGAGGGGCCCAGUCCUGCUCACACUUCAAGGCCACCGUUGGCUGGCAGGGCUGGCAGGUUACCGUGGGCCGUCAUCGGGCCCCAUGAGAUUUCACACUGCACGCCUCCCAGGCCGUCAGGGCCACCCAGGCUGGCUUGCUCCCCUCUCCUGGUGCCCAAGGCCUGGGUUAAACAUUAGUGGGAGGUUAUCAGCCGGGCUCGGGGCGGGAGAAGGUAGUUACACUUUCACCGCGUCCGCUCUGCGGGAGCCACCGUCCCCACCGGGCUGGACGAUGCCUGUGGAGGAGUUUGUGGCCGGCUGGAUCUCCGCACAGACUUGCUCCCUCAGCCUGGCGCUUGGCCUCACUUAUAGCACCUUCUUGUCACUACAGGAGCACUGGGCUUGGUGCUGGGACACCCCUUCGACACUGUGAAGGUGCGGCUACAGACCCAGAGCACCUACCGAGGCAUCAUCGACUGUAUGGUGAAGACUUACCGCCAUGAGUCGAUCCUGGGCUUCUUCAAGGGCAUGAGCUUCCCCAUCGCCAGCAUAGCCGUGGUCAACUCGGUCCUGUUCGGAGUCUACAGCAACGCCCUGCUGGCGCUCACGGCCACCUCCCACCACGAGCGGCGCCUCCAGCCGCCCAGCUACACGCACGUCUUCAUAGCCGGCUGCACCGGGGGCUUCCUCCAGGCCUACUGCUUGGCCCCUUUUGACCUCAUCAAAGUUCGGCUACAAAACCAGACAGAGCCAAGGGCGCGGCAGGGGGGGCCCCCACCCCGGUACCGGGGGCCCGUGCACUGUGCGGCCUCCAUCUUCCAGGAGGAGGGACCGCGGGGGCUGUUCCGGGGAGCCUGGGCUCUGACGCUGAGGGACACCCCCACACUGGGCAUCUACUUCGUCAGCUAUGAAUGGCUCUGUCGCCAAGCCACGCCAGGCGGCCAGAACCCCAGCUCAACCACAGUGCUGGUGGCAGGGGGCUUCGCCGGCAUCACCUCCUGGGUGACCGCCACCCCCUUGGACGUGAUCAAGUCGCGGAUGCAGAUGGCCGGGCUGGAGCAGAGGGAGUACCAGGGGCUGCUGGACUGCAUGCUACGAGUACCUCCUCCACCUGUGGGGAUGAGGCUGCACAGGCGCUGCCCGCAGCUCCCCAGGUGGGACGGACCGCCACCCACCUGCCCAGGUCGGAGGCCAAGUGGAAAGCACGGGGGUGAGAUUUCAAUGCGAGAGUCUCAGCCUUCCUGUCCAGGCACCUCGCGGCCUGGAAGGUGCAGAUGGGGCUGGGAGGUGGUGAGGAGCAGGCCCCGCCCCCGUCCUGAUUCCUUCGUAAACAGCUACCUUAAGCCGUGGUGCUGGAGACAUCCCGGCCACCCUGUGACUUUACCCUCCACCUGCCAGGCUGCCAACUCUCCCCUGGAUUCCAGGGCGGUGCCCUCAGCCGCCUCCCACCCCAUCUCCUUCCCCACCUCUUCCCCCUGACUCAAGUGUGGCCUUUACACCGCCUGCUGUCCACAUCCUUCAGUGGCUCCCACCCCCUCCAGGGAAAAGCCCGAACUCCACCCCUCCUGAUGGGGCACCUCCCUCCACCAGCUCUCCUCUCCCUCAGCAGCUUCGGCAGCCUAGCCCUGCCCCAGCACAAGCUGUGCCCCUCAUCACCCCCAGCCUGGAAGGUCUAGUCCAGUCAUGCGAACCUAUGACACGCAUGUCAGAGGUGACACACUAACUCAUUUUUUUGGUUGAUUUUUCUUUGUUAAAUGGCAUUUAAAUAUAUAAAAUAA